GCUCAAACCGCGUCUGUAAACCUACAACAUCUCGUUUCAUGGCGUUUUGCAGGUGGCUCUGCUCCGUGGGCAUCUCCACGUUUCUUUUCUGAAUUCUUAUUCUCUUUUUCAUUUUUAUUUUUUUAGUGCACCGGAGGAAAAUAACGACCACUGCUUGCCAAACUAUGAACGAGGAGAUGACAAAAAGCGAGGAGCAGCAUCUUAGUUUGCAGAAAGCUUUGCAGCAGUGCGAGUUGGUGCAAAAUAUGAUAGACAUAAGCAUUUCUAGUUUGGAGGGUUUACGGACCAAAUGUGCCACAUCCAACGACUUGACACAGAAAGAGAUACGAACGCUGGAGGGGAAGUUGGUGAAGUACUUCAGCCGCCAGCUGUCCUGUAAGUGCAAAGUGGCCUUAGAGGAGCGCAGUGCCGAGCUGGAGGACUUUCCUCGCCUUGGACACUGGUUCCGCAUCGUCAACCUGAGGAAGGAGGUCACACAGGAGAUGAGUCCGGGUGAGGUGACCCUGGAGGGUUUGCUAGAGAUGAGUGAGGAGCAGGUGUGUGAGCUGCUGCAAAAGUUCGGUGCCAACGAAGAGGAGUGUGCUCGACUCAAUGCCUCCCUCUCCUGCCUAAGAAAGGCCCACCAGCUAGAACAACUUGAGGAGGAUAAAUUUCACAGUAAUGGAGGGAGCCAAGCAAAGCAGGACUGGUCAAUCCAAUGGCCCACCUCUGAAUCGGGCAAAGAAAACACUCCAGUGGGCCAGCCAGAGGCCAGUCAGUGGAUUCGCUUCCAGCUCUCCCAAAGCCCCAAAGUCCAGUCCAAGUACAACCAGCACAUGUGCCACAGCCCCCAGGCCCUGGCUCCCCCUUUAUAUGCCGAUCGACUGACCGUCGACAGCCCUGCUACAGGGCUCUUCCCUCCACUGGACUCUGGUCAUCGCUCCCUGCCCCCAUCACCCCGCCAGAGGCAUUUUGGCCACACGCCUCCUCGGACUCCAUUGGUGGUCAACACAAUGACCCCACCUGGUACACCCCCUAUGCGCAGAAGGAACAAAGUCAAGGCCCCAGGAACGCCACCUCCGCCAAGUCGCAAGCUCAUCCACCUGCUGCCAGGCUUCACAGCUCUGCAUCGCAGCAAAUCCCACGAGUUUCAGCUGGGGAACCGCUUGGAGGAUACACAGACACCAAAAGCCAAGAAGAAGACCAAGCCCUUGAACCUUAAGAUCCACAGCAGCGUGGGCAGCUGUGAGAAUCUACCCACGCAGCGCUCGCCCCUACACACCGAACGAUCCCUGCGCUCCUUCUUCUUCCCCUCUUUCAUCCCUUCCACGCCUCCUGUCCAUGCUGAGACACCCUCUGCAAACACUCUCUCAGUGCCUCGCUGGUCCCCACAGAUUCCCCGAAGAGAUCUGGGAAACUCAAUAAAACACAGAUUUUCCACAAAGUACUGGAUGUCCCAGACAUGCAUAGUAUGUGGAAAGGGAAUGUUGUUUGGACUGAAAUGUAAAAACUGCAAGCUGAAGUGCCACAACAAAUGCACCAAAGAAGCCCCACCUUGCCAUUUACUGAUCAUACAGCGAGGCGGACGAGAAUCUUUCAAAGACCACCAAGGAACAACUCAAGUAGCUCGUCUAGUACGAACUGAAUCAGUGCCAUGUGACAUAAACAACCCGCUCAGGUACACAGACCUGCACAUCAGUCAGACGCUCCCCAAAACCAACAAAAUCAACAAGGAUCAUAUCCCAGUCCCGUACCAGCCAGACUCCAGCAGUAACCCGUCAUCCACCACCUCCUCCACCCCGUCUUCUCCAGCUCCUCCUCUGCCUAGCAGUGCCACACCCCCCUCGCCCUUACAUCCCUCUCCACAGUCGGCACGGCAACAGAAACAGUUCAACUUGACAGCAUCAAGUUACUUCAAAUACAAACAACAAUUCAUCUUCCCAGAUGUUGCACCAGAAGCUCCUCCAAGCAGAGCACCACAGGUCAUCCUGCACCCUGUCCUGUCUGAACCAGGGCAUGAGGGAAACCCUUUACUCCAAAUCGAAGUUGAGCCUACAUCAGAUAACGAGGAAUGCAACGAUGAGGACUCUGGAGACGAGUUUGAGGAGAUGAACCUGUCGCUCCUGUCUGCUCGUAACUUCCCGCGCAAAGCCAGCCAGACCAGCAUCUUCCUGCAGGAAUGGGACAUCCCAUUUGAGCAGCUGGAGAUCGGGGAGAUGAUUGGAAAGGGGCGCUUUGGCAAAGUUUUCCAUGGGCGCUGGCAUGGUGAGGUGGCCAUCCGCUUGAUUGACAUCGAACGAGACAAUGAGGACCAGCUGAAGGCCUUCAAGAGGGAGGUGAUGGCUUACAGAAACACACGCCAUGAGAACGUAGUGCUGUUUAUGGGAGCCUGUAUGAGUCCACCACACCUGGCCAUUAUCACCAGCUUGUGUAAAGGCCGAACACUUUAUUCUGUUGUACGAGAUGCCAAGGUUGUGCUGGAUGUAAACAAGACCCGGCAAAUUGCACAAGAGAUGGUCAAGGGAAUGGGCUACCUCCACGCUAAAGGGAUCUUACACAAAGACAUGAAGUCCAAGAACGUGUUUUACGACAACGGCAAAGUUGUCAUCACUGACUUUGGACUCUUCACCAUAUCUGGGGUUCUGCAGGCUGGCAGCCGGAGAGAAGACAAGCUGAGGAUCCCAAACGGCUGGCUGUGUCACCUGGCACCAGAAAUCAUCCAGCAGCUUUCUCCAGACACAGAGGAGGACAAGCUCCCCUUUUCCAAACAGUCAGAUGUCUUCGCUUUCGGCACCAUCUGGUACGAGUUACAUGCACGUGAGUGGCCUUACAAGAGUCAGCCACCAGAGGUGAUCAUUUGGCAGAUUGGCAGCGGGAUGAAGCCCAGCCUCACCCAAACCGGCAUGGGGAAGGAAAUAUCAGACAUUUUGCUUCUGUGUUGGGCAUACAAGCAGGAUGAGCGGCCCAGCUUCUCCAAACUGGUAGAUUUACUGGAAAAGUUGCCAAAACGGAACCGUCGCCUUUCCCACCCAGGGCACUUCUGGAAGUCAGCUGAGUAUGUCAAAUGAGUUAGGGACACAAAACAGCAAACAAUCAGCAACAAUUAUUAAAAACAAAGCAGCCACCAUAACUCUCUUCAUAAAUUACCCACCUCCUUAAAGAAUGCACUGAAUCCAAAAGCCAGCCCAGUGAUGAAAACUGCCCGUGCUAUGUGUACUUUCAUGGAUUGUUGGCAUGUGUGUGUACAGAUAAGUUGACCGUCCAGCUUCUCAAAACAGUUGGGACUCACAUUUUCUUUGGUUUGAUUUGAACCAUACAGGAUUUUUUUUCCCUCUACAUACUUCUGUCUUUUACCAAUGACUCAAUCCCCUCACAAUAUUUGGUUUACUUGCUGGAUGUACCUUGCUUGUAACUUUCAACCAAUUGCACCAACCUGGACUCUAAAAUCACGUUUGAGUUACAAAUGUAGAGUUUUUUCCGUGUCUUUUUUUAUUUGAAUGAAUGUAACUUUUGUAUGUCAUACAUUGUAUAUUUCACAACAUUGUCCUGCCAUUCUUAUGUCUGUCAACUGUGUAGAGCAUUUUGUCAGUGUUACCUCAUGGUCUUUCAUGUGUGGAUGUCUGUUUAGGUUAUAUGUUUGUCUUAAAAAAAAAAAAAGCUUUAUUUGACUCUUCUUUACACCGUACCAUUUGAAUGUGAAAAAGCCAGCGCCUCUGUUUGUGCGGGGAUGUUGGCACUGUUCUUUGAAGGGAGACUGUCCUCUGAUCAGCCUGUGCUUUGAAUUUGCUUGUGAACAUGAGCAAGACAUUUGAACAAUAACAUAAGAGGGAGAAGAAGCCGCUGGUCAGACCAGGACUCCCUCUGUUCUGUGAAAUUGCUGACACUUGAAAUGUAUCUCGUCAACAGAACCAAUUACACUGCAGAAAUGCUACCACUGAGCCCCCCUCAAUAAAAUACAAUUAUUUACUUACUUACAGUAGCUAUAGGUUAAAAAUUUAAUAUUUACAUUUAAAAAUCAAAAGCUUGUCAUUCCACUGAGACCAGUCAUUAUACUGACUUUUAGAGCUCAUGAUAUUCCAGAAAUACAUAAACUUUGUAGAUCAGUAAAAUACCAUUUGGAAACCUAAAUAGAUUAGUGACCCGUUGUUGAAGGCUCUGGGUCUGAAUACUCUAGUGUUUUGGAUGCAGAAGGCAAAACAGGUGGUUUGAAGAUUUGAAUGAUGUGACUGUUAGGCACAUAAAGGGAGAGCAUGUACAGUAUACGUUGAAAAGUCAAAACAUAAGAUCCAAGUUUGUUUUUUGCUUUUUCAGAUAGAUCUAUAGUUGUUUAGAAGCAGUGUUGUAGUCACAUUGUAUAUGGACUCUUUAAGUUAAUCCUACUUUAACUCAAAUUAUUAUUUCAAAUUUUUCAUUUUUUCCUGAUUUAAUGUGCUUUAUAAAUAUUUUUCAGAGAUUUAAUGUCAUUAACCACACUUAGGUUAUUUUGACUACUUCAUAACCAUUGUUAGUGUUGUUGAUAACCUAAACCUAAAGCUACAUAAGGUGCUAAUGAAAUUAUAUCAAUCCAAGAGACAGCUCUAUCGUAUUCAACACCAACAGACGAAUUAGAGUUUGCUUAAUUUGGUCAAGGUGGCAGUAAUUUCAGAAAGACUUUUGCUAAACAGUGGCCUCUUAAACUACAAGAGUUAGCUAAAAGGAAAUGAUGAAGGUAAAUCUGCAAAUUUGUGUAGCAGUUUGUUAAAUGUCAAGCCAUGUAUAAGCACAAGCAAAGAACAGCCACAAGACAGCAAGCUUGAUCAGAAAUAUUAGUGAGGAAACUAUCAAAGGUUUAAAUGUAAAGGACCUUAGCAACAACUAAAUCAAGGACAACCCAAUUACUACUAGCCUUCUACUACAUACAGACUGUUUAGCAAUUAGCUGAAAUGUCAAGCAUUAUAAGAGUAACAUGCAAAGCAGAGCCAUAGAAAAUAACCUGGCAAAGUAACAUCAGUUACACAGAAAAAAUUAUCUCAAGUCUAUAACUACUUUUUUUCUACAGUCCUGCAAGAUAAGAGUAACUGUAUUUCCAGUAGUACCUAACACAGUUAGCAUUUAGCUAAUAUGCUAAGUUACAGUAAGAGUAGGGCAAGCUCAGAUGUGGCACAAAAUAUGCAAACUAGCUAAAAAUAUCAGUUAGCCUUCUUUAUCAUUGUACUUAUUUUAGAGCUAGCUAACAUUAUUCAUGAUUAGCAGUUGAACAGUAUACAAAUAGCUAGAUUUAGCAUAGCGGAAUUUAGAAAUGAUGCAUUUUGAAUUGUAUAACUCAAUUUUUAAUUUGAUGAAAGGUUCGGAUAUUUAUUUUCUUUGUUUUUUUUUUUAGUGUUUAUUGGAAUAUUAUAGUCCCUCAAAUCCAUUUUUAUACACUGCAAGGAGAAGUAAAGAUGAAUCAUGUCCUUGGGCCUCAUUCACCAGUACUGUCCUAAAAGUUUUCUUAACUUUUUUCUUAAGAAGAUCCCAAAGUCUUGGGCAGAAUCGUACGGCUGACUAGUUUAUAAUUUGAUGAAUGCCUUGUCCUCAUAAGGUGGAAGCUUACUUAAGUAUUUCCAAAUUAGCUAAGUGAAACACAGCUUAAUGCCUAUAUAAAGGCAUGAAACUGCAGGGUUGCACAAACAAAAAAGUCACUCUUGUGCAAAAGAAAAGUAGAGAGACAUCUGAAGAGAUGACUAUUUAAAAUAUUCAAACUAUUAUGCGCUGGACGGCAAGUUAGACAUACUGCAGUAGUUAAGAGGUGGAUAUAGUACUGCCAGUAAAGAUACUAAAUAUACACUACAAAUAGACACGUCUGAUAAAAUUGUAUGUUGUCAUCAGGAGAGAUAGCACACAAAAUGAAGUAAAACAGAUACACUUGAGAGGUAGAAUAACUAGAAACUAAAGACCAACACUGGCCACAUCUUGUAUUUUUUCCCAAAAUGAUUAAGAUUUCAUUAUUCUUAAAGUUGACACUGUUAAACAAUUGAACAUCAUCUAAACACAGUUAAAUAUCUGUGUGUGGAGGUUGGUUUGAUGUUUUAAAUACUGUUUCAUGAUGAAGUUUAUAUUGAAAGGUUAACAUUUAGCAGUUAAGAUCAAACAUAGCAAGGUUGAAAUAAAAAUUGCCCACAUUUCAAUCAUGUAAUUGGAUGUUAUUUAUGAUCAUAAAAGUGGUAAAUCAAUGAAAAAAACGUAACGUAAAACAAUAUGUUACUGUGUCUUUCUUAACCUAAAAUAUUUUAUUGCUAAUAAGUGCAAAUUGUAUUAAUUACCAUAUCAUAUCCGAUCUCAAAUGUACUUCGGAGUGCUAGGUUGUACAUAUUCCUCUUUGUUCAAAAACAAAGAGCUUGUCAGAAUCUUCUUAAAAACUGCAAAAGUAAGUUUUAGAUACACAUUUCUGCUUGAGAACAUUUGUUGAAUGAGGCUCAUUGUUCAUAUUUGACUUUUACUUGCACAUUUCUCUCUUUGUUUUGUAUUAUUUAUUAAUAUGACAUAACAGGCAUUAACUUUGUUACUCUUGACUACAACACUGCUAGGUAGGUACCAAGAGGAUGAAUACAUCUUUGAAGAAAUCAUGAAAGUCUUUAUUUGCACAAGUAUGAAUUAUUAAAUUAUUUGAUGUUAAAGUAGUUUCUUAAAUCUGGCUGAACUUUCCCUUUAACAUAUCAGAAAAGACAUAUCAGGAUGAUAGACGACCCCCAGCCAUUUUUCUACUUCAUACUCAUAUCAUAAUAUAUUUCAGAUGUUUUGUUUUAUAGAUAUUGCAAACCUGAGUCAUAUCAUCAUGAACUGGAAGCUGUGGCGUCAUUCGAGCUGUAUACUGCUUUUGAUUCUCUCUAGCCACGUUGAAUAGAUAGAGACAAUCCAAUCAUGUUAAAUAGCCAUUUUCCACCUCAUUAUAUACACGUCUGUAUGUUGGAAAAUGCAUACAAACAAUCUGCUGCUGAUUUUUGGAGUCUGUCUGUCUAUUUUGGAAUUGCUGGGAUUCAAAUAUUGUAAGUGGGUCAUUUAUAUUUGUACUGUUUACAACUUUCAAGUGCAUGAGAUGGACUAUCAAAGAUUGAUUCUUGUUAUGAAAAAAUACUCCUUCUACACUAUAUAUAAAAAGUAUGUGAGCAUUUUUCUGAUGAACUGUUGUCCAUUGAGCAGUUUGAUCUCAAUAUCUACUGAAAUUUUUUGUCAGGCUUUGCAAAACUUUUCAACAGCUUUGGUUAAGAGAAUGAUUGUUUCAGAAUAUUUAUAGAUUAUAUAAAUGAUUAGACUAGCAUUUAAAUUCAAGAAAAGAGUUGCAAGCUGUGCACAUGAUAGAGUUGACAACAACCUGACUGGACAACAAUCAAAGAUCUUACAUUUAGUGCCAAGUGUACAUAACAGAUUGUAGACUAUGUUUUAUCGUCAUUUGCCGUAAUAUCAAUAUUCCUUGUGAAAUUUUUUGAAUUCUUUCUUUUGAAUGUACAAAUUGUGUUGUGUUAUUUUGUUGUUUUGUUUUCUGUUCAUUUUACUUUUCUUUUCCUCCAUUUUUCCUUCUUCUUGCAUAGGCAUUGAUGCUGUGUUGUUUCUUUUCCUUGAUUCCGUCCUUGUAUUGUAGAUGAUAGCUCCAAAAAGCUUGUAUUUAAUGAUGCCUUAUGGUCCACGGCUUA